UUCAAAACACGUGCGCAAGUACUUUGUGCCCAUCUUUGUGCCUUCACGUUUUUAGCGCGACGAUUUUUUUGCGAAUCUGAACGCUGUGAGUGCAGGAAGUUGGCGUUUCCCAUGUUUCCUGAACACAGCACGAUGAACAGCGCGAGCAGCUGCCCGUACCGCCGUGAUGUGAAGGAGGGGGGAGGUGAGCCGAGCUGGAGGCUCGUUCAGCCAUGUUAGUUUUCUCUGCCGUUCACGAACGAUGAGAGAGAGGAGCCAUGGCCUUGUCAUUGAGCGGAGACGAUGAGGAAUAUGAUUCAGAGUCUGAGCAGCAGCGGGCGGCCAACCGGCCGAAGCCCAAGGUGGGGACGUCGUCGGCCGUUAAGCUGCCGUCCAACCGCAGCUCGUCCGGAGCCAGACGCCGGAGGACGCGCUGCCGGAAGUGCGAGGCGUGCCUCCGGACAGAGUGUGGAGAGUGUCACUUCUGCAAGGACAUGAAGAAGUUUGGAGGGCCAGGACGCAUGAAGCAGUCAUGCAUCAUGAGACAGUGCAUUGCGCCGGUUCUGCCUCACACGGCGGUGUGUGUGGUGUGCAAAGAGGCCGGGAAAGAGGACACACUGGAGGAAGAGGAGGACAAGUUCAACUUCAUGCUGAUGGAGUGCUCCAUCUGCAACGAGAUCGUCCACCCCAACUGUCUCAAGGUGAGCGACGCCUCAGGAGUGGUGAACGAUGAACUCCCUAACUGCUGGGAAUGUCCUAAGUGCAACCACGCCGGGAAAAGUGGAAAAGUAUUGAAGCAAAAAAGGGGUCCGGGGUUCAAGUACGCGUCCAACCUCCCCGGCUCUCUGCUGAGGGAACAGAAGCCUGUGAAGGAGGAGGGGGACGUUUCUUCUGCAGCCAAGAGGAGACCAGACCGAGAGGAGACCCCCAGGUUCAGACCCGAGGAGUCUCUGCACCGACAGCCGCCACUGCUCUCCCCCUGCAACCUGCCCCGGCCCCGGCCCGAGGACAAGCUGAGGAAGAAGAGGAGGCUGUUUGAAGAGGACGAGGACGAGGAUCUCGGUGUGAGGAAGAAGGAAAAAUCAGAUGAUCCUUAUUUUUCCAAACUUCUGCACCAAAUCAAGACAGAAGAGGAGGACGAAGACGCAUACGAGGAGGAGAAUGAAGAAGGAAGGGAGCCUCACUUCCGGAGUGUUGUAGAGAGGAAAGGGCGUUUUGGAGACGUCGAAGAAGAAGGGGAUGAGAAGGACCCCCAGAAAGAACUUUUGAACCCCUUCAUUAAAACGCCCAUUGGAGACAGCGAUCAGUCUCACUGCAGCUCUCCGCAGGCCGGCCCCAGCAGCGAGGGCGGAAGUGAGACCCAGGAGAAGGGUCCGCGUCCGAAAGCUCGCCGUAAGCGCCGUUUACCUAACAGAGAGCUGAGCCGAGAGCUGAGCAAAGCACUGAACCAGGAAAUCCAGAAGACGGAGGACUGCCUGGCCAACGAGAACCGCCAACCCCUCAAGGUGGAGCCGGAGACGGAAAACGAGGAACCCAAGAGGUUGUUCCGCAACGGCAGCGAGCUCGGGGAUCAGAGGCCCCACCUCAAGACCAAAGAGAUGAACGGGACCCCCUGGGAGCUGCGCCACUUCUACCCCAGUCAGAUCACUCCACUGGGCUUCAACAGGAGCACCCCGACCAACCGGCCAGUGCCCCCACACUCCCCGCCCAAGUGUGUCCAAAUGGAGAGGCACGUCAUCCGGCCCCCUCCGAUAAGCCCGCCCCCCGACAGACUACCUCUGAAAGAUGGUAAAACACAUACGAUCCAGCGCGAGGUCUGGAUGAAGAUCUUCGGCCACCUCACACACCAGGAGCUGUGUGUCUGUAUGAGAGUCUGCAGGACCUGGAACAGAUGGUGUUGCGAUAAGAGACUUUGGACGAAGAUCGAUCUGAACCGCUGCACCUCCAUCACCCCCCUCAUGCUGAGCGGGAUUAUCCGCCGGCAGCCAGUCUCCCUGGACCUCAGCUGGACCAACAUUUCCAAGAAACAAUUAAGCUGGCUUAUCAAUAGACUGCCAGGUCUGCGGGUGUUGAAGUUGUCGGGGUGUUCUUGGGCCGCUGUUUCGGCGCUCUGCACCUCCAGCUGCCCUCUGCUGCGCACCCUGGACGUCCAGUGGGUGGAGGGGCUCAAAGACGCUCAGAUGAGGGACCUGCUGUCCCCCCCGACAGACAACAGACCAGGUCAGCUGGAUAACCGCUGCAAGUUGCGGAACGUGGAGGACCUGCGGCUGGCGGGGCUGGACAUCACCGACACGUCCUUACGUCUCAUCAGUCGACAGAUGCCUCUCCUGUCCUAUCUGGACCUGAGCUACUGCAACCACAUCAACGACCAGUCGGUCAACCUGCUGACGGCUGCAGGGACCACGACCAGGGACUCCCUCACAGAAAUCAACCUGUCAGUUUGUAACCGGGUCACAGAUCAUUCCCUAAACUUCUUCAAGCGCUGCGGGAGCAUCUGUCAGAUCGACCUUCGCUUCUGCAAGCAGGUGACCAAGACGGCCUGCGAGAGGUUCAUCGCAGAGAUGUCAGUGAGCGUACCGUUCAGACUGAAGGAGGAGAAACUGCUGCAGAAGUCCAGCUAGUUCCUAACGGGACAGACACGAUGAAAGACUCGCUUUGCACUUAAAGGAACAGCUUUCUUCUUUUUGAACUGCUUCUGUGAGAAGUCUCUGAAACUGAAGUGAGACGGACUUCUGCAUGGAGAUCAAAGAUGAACUCUAACAUCAGCAGGUGAACAGAAGAGGAAAUGGCAUGCAUGUAUCCGUGUUGAGAUUGUACUUUUCUAAAGACGAGCUUGUAAUUGGCUGUUGGGUUGUUUAUUUUUAUUCUUUAAAUAUCUGAAAACAGUAUUUUUCUACAAGCAUCAUUUCAUCGUUUACAGCGUGUCAGGAGCUAAAUGUCACAGAGAGAACUGAACAUUGUCCCCUUCCUCAGUUUGCCUUCAUACGAGUGUCCUCUAUGUGCCAAAACCUGUGUUUGACGUCAGUAUAACUUCAGUAUCAGACAAAAAGUAACUUAAAUAUCUGAUUAAUGAUCAGAAAUACUUACCCGAAUAUUUAGAAUGUAUUUGAAGGAUGAUAAAACGAGUAAACAUAUUCAGAUUCCUGUUGCACCCUCAUGUCGACACUUACCUUAAUACCUUUAUGAACUGUUUAGUGUUGUGAUUGACGGGGUUUCUGCAAACAUUUCAACAUUAAUUUAUUGUUUUUUUUAUCACAGUUUGUAUUUAUUCAUUUAUUCAGUAACUUGACGUGUCAGCGCUGGGUCAAAUAAUGCUUACAAAUAAUUUAUCAGUGAGUGCUUUGAGCCUGCUGCAGCAUCCAGUUGAUGGGGUUUAACACCCAAAAAGCCAGCGGCAGGAAGUUGGCGGUCAUGCCAAACGUGUGACUAACAGCUCACCUCACACUGACUUCCUAUCAUGCAGUCAGCCUCACACAUCUGGCUCUUCAGACAGGCUUAAAUUAACAGCUAAGUGAAAGACUUUUGCAAAUAACUCACUUGCAAAUGUUGAUAACUUCAUACAGUAGGUGUUGUGUGUAUUUUGGGGUGUGUUGUGCUGUAAUCUAUCACCUCAGGUGGAUGUGAUAAUGUUUAUAUUUGUAAAUCCAAAAACUAAGUGCUAAUAUGCAUUAAAAGACUUUCAUUUGUA